UCAACACCUUCAGUCAACGAUAGUAUUUUCAACAGGCAAUACUUCAACAAACGACAGUCAAAUCUCAAAACCUAUGAACAACUGUUGAUAAGUCGCAAUCAAUCGCCAAGGAACCGAGCUAAGAGUAUUUGGUAGCUACUAAUUCAACGAUUUCGUGAGACGCUUAGCCAAGCUUCAGUUGCUGCUUAAGUCUGUGACAAAACGACGUAGUUUUGAAAAAAAAACAUGGAAAGAUUGCAUGCAAUCAUCAAUCGGAAUAGUGACCUAACCCAGGAACAAUUUAUGGAAUGCUGUAAGCUGGCGCUAGAACUGAGCAUAAAAAGUGUUGUAAUUCCGGAAACCAUUGAAAUUAAGCUCAAAUAUCAAAUGCUCAGAUUCCGAUUGAGUCCACCGACGAUGGGUAAUGGAGAAUCAAAUUUUUCGGAGCAAUCAAAAAGCAGUUUCAAAAAGCAGGUACAAAAGCUGAAACAUUUUUCGACGGACCGUGUUCUGAUUGUGUCAAAUUUAGUUUUGAAUAGUUUGAAAAUUAUUACGCACGAGUUAUUCCAGUUGAAAAUUGCAGAAGAAAACCGCCAUGUUCCUUUCGAUAAAUUGAUUUUUUGUUUAAAGGUGUUUAUACUAAUUUUCAGUUUUGAACCUGACUACGAGGUGUACAAACUUUUAAUAAACCCACAAAACGUGUUGGAGUUUUUGGAAGUAACGUUAGACUCGUUGGACAAUGGAAGUGUUCCAACAAAUAGUUCAACUUUCGAGACAUUUAGUUCGCUUAUUUUGGUUCAUUAUAAUCUGCAUAAAUUGUUUGAAUUGAAAACUUUGCUUUGCGACAGCUUUUCCAUUGCGUGUGAAAACAAGAAGGAAUCAACAAAAAGAACUGCAAUUCAACAAAUUCUAAAAAAGCUAGUGGCGCUUGAGGACGAACAAAUAAAUACAUCGACUUUAAUGAAUUUGAUGAAUAGUAGUUACUCGGAUUCAUUCGUUGUGUUUGUGUUGCGUUUAAUACUUCUAAGCAGCACAGCGGCUCAAACUCAAAGGGUUUAUUUAUUGUUUUUGGAAUCUAUCCAAAACUGCGAAAAUAUCAAUCAAUUAACGUCGCUGUGCGGGUUCGUAGGAAAUCUGGAUAGAAUUUCUCAAACAUUUACGGAAAUGUGUAAGAACUUAAAAAAGUGCCAAGAAGAAAAUUUCAUGACGGACACAAAAUAUAGCAUAGUAACUAGUGAUCUGUUAGAAGAAUUAGAAAUUACAUUAGAUAACUCAACGUUUUGUAACCUCGAAAAAAUAGUUGUUCUUUCAACUCAAGGAAAAAAACUACGGGAAAUGUUGAGUUAUUUGGACUUUGAACUGGCUAUAAGUAGAAACAGAUUUAUACAAAAUCAUUUCAUGUUCGAUAUUUUAAGCAAAUUUUUGGCGGAGCCCCGAUCGCUUCAAGAACCAGCGACAACUAAUGUGUGUUCCCUUGACAUUUUUAAAUUUCUUUUGGAAAAACAUGGCUGUUCCACAAUUGACGAAAUUGUUCAUAACAGUCGAAACAUUCCGAGAGAAUUAACUCUGAGCCUUCAGUUAUGGCAGGAUUUAGACGAAUUUGAAGGCACUUACCCUAGGCUCAACUGUUUUGAGACUCAAAAUUUGCACUUGCAAACGUUACUGACGACGCUACACGCUGUAGAAGCAAAUGAAUGUAUGAGUCUAAGCUUUAACUUAUUCUAUACGGUGAUUCGAAAUUGCUUUGAAGCAGGAUCUGCUUUAAUCGAUCAACAAAACAUGCUUCUCGAAACGGUACAACAACAAGACGUGAAGGCAGUUGAACAGUACAUUGAUUCUGGAGAAUUAUGCGAAUCGGAAAUAAUAUUAUAUGUACAGUUGAGUAGAAGCUAUAAGCGUGUUACUAUUGGAAAUUAUUAUUUAUAUCUCGGUAUGACAGAAAGAAACGUGACUAAACAGUUUAAUCUUCAGAUAGCACUUGAUUUAAGGUUAUACAAAUUAGCAUUGAGUUUACUGGCUAACGUUGAGAUAGAUCUAUACCCAAUCGAAUUGUUUUCCUGGUCUGAUUUGAUAGAACAUUCAAUUUUGGAAGGAAACAACCCAUCAGCAUGGCGUACACAUACUUUCACCGAAGCUCUUCAUAAAUUGAUGAGAUAUGGAAAUCUCAAAUCAAUUCGUUGUCUUCUGGAAUGUAAGCCGGAUUUUAUACCAAGAGGUCGAACAGUCGUUAACGCUGUGCUGACAGGGACUGAAUCAUUGUUAAGAAAUUGUGAUCUAAAAGUUGCUUUUCGGGACAUCGCUGAGACCAUUCUCAAAGCCCAAUGUAAAGAUCGCGCUUCAUCCAAUUCUAUUCGAAUUAUACUGGAGUACAAAUCUGUUGCUGUUUUAGAAUUAUAUAUCAAUAUGUUUCGAUUUACUGAUGACGAACUGUUCGAGCAAUUGUGUAACGCGUGGAAUGAGCUGAAAGCCAUACAGGUUCAAUUACCGCGUAGCCUGGAUAUUGUUCUACUUUACAAAAUGGCAAAAUAUGGUUUUAAGAACUUGUGCGUAGUUAACGCCGAACUAAAAGACGAUCUAGAAUGGCUGGAUGGCAUCGACACGAUAGAGAACUUGAUGAAUCAAAUCCGUGAACGACCAAACUCUGCGGAUUAUUUGGACAUAGAUAACGAACUACUUUUCCAACUUCGAAUGAUACACAAUCAAUUAUUUUUCAUCAAAGAUAAACUAUCCCUUAAAGCCUAUCGAACUAGAGAAAUUAUUUUUUUACUGACCAUAUUUUUAAAAAUGUUCGACUUAGACGAAAUUAUCGAUAAUCCAGAUAGAAAUGUCUAUCGCAUGGUUAUAGAUAAACCCACCAUCAUACUAUAUUUGCAGUUUCUAGUAAACCAACUGGUUGUCUUUAAAAAAGUUUUAAAUCAACGCGUAUCAUAUUUUCAGGCCAUUGUAGAGGCUGAAAAAUCGCCUGAAUUGACUGAAAAUAUCGGAAGAAGCUUUUGGAAUAGAAUCCUAACAAAAGGCAAUGAUCAGGUUCCUCUAAAUAAACGAAUAAUUAGAGCUAUUCUAAUUGAGAAAAUAGACCUCAAAAUAGUUCAUUCAGAAAAGGAUGAAGAAAUGAAUAAAAACCUAAUUGAAAAAUAUCAUCAAAUUAAACAAAUGCACUCACUUAAAAAAGUAAACCAAAUGAUUAUGAAUCUUGAUCCAUAUUCAAUGGACCAGGAGAUAUUUGUAGCAUUUUUCAAAAGGUUUCUUCAUGUUUUCGGGGAAACAAUCAAAUGUACCAAUGAAACUUCGAACCUACCCAAAAGAGUGUACACAAUCUUAAAGCACGGAAUUUUCGAUGCGUUUAAAAUGCACGAGAAAGUAAGAGAUGAAAACUGUCAUGGGUAUUCUGUGAAAAAGAAAUAUAUGAGGGUUUCUCAACAGUUUUGGGAUUUCACUGAAUCCAUCGGUUAUUUGGAAAAACUUAAGUAUAGCUCCAGCUUAUUGCUCUUUCUGACCUACAACGAGUACGUUCAAUGUAUGUACGCUACGAUGAGAAAGUGCGAAACGCUGUCCAAACUUCAAAGAUAUCUACAAUAUUUGGAUGAUCAAACAUACGUUUUCGAAACGGCCAUGAAAAAUUGUUUGGUAAAAGCUUCGGCGUAUAUAGGAAGUCUGGAAAACGUUGUUAAAAAUAUUGACAGCAGUUCCAUCACAUAUCAACAAAAGGAGCUUCUGAUGAAAACAGAAGAAAGUCUGAAUUUUCGAAUGGAUAUUUUGAAUCGAUGUAAAAAAAUGCUAGAAAAAGGUAGCAUAUACGAAUUUAAAGCCCUUCAGAUGUUUGUUUUUGCAGCUCCAAACCUUACACCUGUUCAGAAGAUGAUUGAUGUAAUGCGCCAUCCAUUCAGUACGGAUAUACUUUUAUUCUUCAUAGAGAGUAACUUAGAUACAAUAAAUAGUAAUAUGAUAUUCAUGCAAUCCAGUUUAAGGCCCUGCGAUAAACACAUUUCAUCAGUCCUAGGCAAUGUCAUUAAAAGUUCCGGCUUAACUUUACAAGCUGUUACAGACUAUCACUGCAGAACAGAAACUCGCCGAUUGAUAAAUAAAUUAUUCGAAAACACUCAUUUGAGUCAAUCUGAAGUAAUUGAAAUUGAGGAAACUAUCCACCAGAAAUUGCAUGGAAAAAAGAAAGAAGCUGGUAAAACAAAAGGCAAAUCGCACUAUUACGACGAUUUAUUCGUUUUAGACUUAAAGAAACGAAUAAUUAAAGAGGUUUUGGGAGUCGAAAUGUACAACAAAUAUAAAAAAGAGUUUCAAAAAGAUGACGAACGAGAACUACAAGAGGUAUUUAAUACGAUUCAGAGAAAAAUAAGACUUACUCUGUCCAAGUUGAACUGCUCCACAAUCGAAGAUUUAUCGACCAAUGCUGCAUCGAUUCCAAUGGAUGCUGUGCUAGCUUUAGAGCAAUGGCAGUUGGAAAUUUGUGAAAUACUGAUAAGCACUAAUCAUUUCCAGGAUAACUUUUUCACUAUCCGACAUGAGCUGCCGUUAAUUUGUGGUCGAAAUUAUCGAAAUUAUUUAGCACACGAUAAUCUCACGUACGAUGUUCUCACAAAUAGCUCACGAAUAAAUGUACUAGUUAACGCUUUGGUGAUAGCUGAGCAUAAAUGGGAAUUGUACAGUUACCAACGUAAGAGCCCUACGGCACCAAAAGUUAUCUGUCAACGAAUUGCAGGUUUUACUUGGCUCAGCGUACAACAAAAGCUCUUGAACGCUGCAGUGCAUUCCAAUAACACAAUAUUAAAGUUAAUUAUUAAAAAGGGUGGAUCUGUUUUUGGAAAGUUUUGGUCCUGUAAAGGUCCUUUCGAUAGUUUGAGUCCCAAUUCUUUUGAAGAACUCUCUUGCCUUUCUACUAUUAUUGAAAAAGGUGACAUAUCUAACAAUGAUGAGCAACAAAUUGUGCUUGCUCUUAAAUUAGGUGAAUUUGAGAAAACUUUCGAAAAGUCCAAAUGUUCUGAUCACUCAUUUAGUUUUCGCAUUUUUGCAAAAAAUCAAAACUGUUUUUGUUUGGGAGGUUUUCUGAAAAACAUGUUAGAAAAUUCUUGUUACGAAGAAAUUUAUCAAUUCUUGGUGAGAGAAAGAAGCAAAAACUUAUCUCUUACUGUUUUCAGUUUUUGUUCGGAAGAUUUUCUAAAAUAUGUUUUCAUUCAAGGCAACGAAUAUCUUAAUCCUUUAGCACAAACAGCUGCAAUCGUCACCCAUUCGUUCAAUUUGAAGUUUUGGCUUACAAACCCUACUGUCAUAGACAUAUACUAUGUUGACUUAGCGAUCGCUGCGGACAAUGCUAGUUUUUUCAAGUGCGUUUUGCUAUGUUGUAUUAAUAAUUCACCUAUGAUCGAAAGAUUGUUUCUUUGCUGUGCAAUUUAUGGUCGAAUCUCUAUGUUGAAAGAGAUUUUGCAUGAACGCCCAGUUUUAAUCGAAUCGAUCAGUACAGCAACAAUACAUGCAAGUCGUUAUCAACAAUGGGAAACUGUUGAAUUUCUGAUUCAACAGGAUAGAAGACCGAGCCCUGGUUAUUCCUACCAGGAAGGAGUUGAGUACGCCAUAUUGUUUGGAAACAUGUCCAUUACACGACAGUUUUUGGAAUCCCAAAAAGUUCAACCACCAUCAGUUCUAGAAUUCGUUGCAAAAUACGGCGAUCUUGAAAUGUUCGAAUCGUUACUCAGCUAUGGAUUGAACCCAUGGUCAAUGCCUAGGGUAUUUUACGCUUCAAUUGACGGCUGCAGGGACGACAGGAUUAUUAACCUUUUAACUCGUUAUAUGUUCUAUGCUAAGAACCCACCGUUGGAUUCCAAUUUAACUGAAUGGAAUGAAAUUUUAAGAGGUAAAAGAUUGCUCAGGUACCUUGAUAGUUGUUAUAUGGAGAAUUUUUCUCUUUUAGAAUACUGCAUUUCCCAUAACCCACAACUUGGAGUUCAUUUGCUAAACAAACUAAAACAUGCUGAAACCAUUUCUGGGAAAGUUUCUAUUUUACUGUACGAUGCAAAGAAUUCAAACUCAGUAGAUGCGGAUCUAGCUCGUAUAACAAACAUGAUUCAACUUUUGGAAAAAUGUAAAUUUGCUGAAACCGAUUCAAAGAUGUCAAAAUUAGUUCUCAGCAAUGAUGAACCGUUUUCAAAAGAAACAGUAGUUGGCAUAAAUAUUUACAAAGAUGAAAUAGCGACGGAAAAGAUUUCGAAACCAUUUGCUACGAAAUCAAUUCUAGAAUUUCCGCAUGUACUUCGGCACUUGGACAGUUAUAUUAGACAAAAAUGGAACCCAGUUUGUUUUACCUGUGAAUUCACAUUGGAAACUGAUAGAAUUCGAUCAUUUAAGACACUUCAUAUUGGUACCUUUUACUGUUCACUUGAAGCCACAACUGAGAGCAUUGAUCCGUUGGAGGAUUAUUUGAAUCAAGAGUUUCUUAUUGAUGGCAAUGUGUUUCAUGGUUUAUAUUUUAAAAGUCAUCCUGAAUUUAUACGAUCACUGCUAGACAGUGGUAUCAACCUGGCGAACGUGGACCACUUAGGCCGUUCAGGAUUAGCACAACUCUUAAAUAAAGAACGUUCGUAUGAUUUCUUAGAACCUUUCCUCACUCAUUGCGUAGAAAGGGAUUUACGUGAUGCUAAUGGAACGCAUAUUCUACACAUGAAAACAAAUCAAGGCCGAACCCUCCUCUUUGAUGCUUUUAUGUAUGGAGAUUUACCACUAGUUGAUUUUUUAUACAAACAAAACAUUCCACUCGAAAACCCAAUGCUUUUCCCAAAAGGCGCAACUACUUUUGAAGUGGCAGUGUAUAUGAAUCGACCCGAUAUUGUUGAAAAAUUAAUUGAAUACGGCCAAAAUCAAGUAAAUUCGAGCUUUUUAGGUGAGCCGAUUAUUUUUUGCCCGGUCACGAGAAACGAUACAACAAUGUUGAAACUGUUGUUUAGAUCGGGAAUCGUUAUAAGAUAUAGAAACCACAAGGGAUUGAAUGUGAUUGUACUGGCAGUCACGCUUUUUUGUAAUGAAGCAUUGAAACUAUUAUUGAAUCAUGCUGAUCCAAGCGAUAUGCUUCAAGAAAAAUUUAAUGAUAAAAAUGCAUUGGAGUGGGCGAUUUUGGUUCAAAAUUAUGAAGCAUAUGAAAUAUUGUCGGAAUACGACAAAUAGAAACAAUUGAAAAAACAAUGAUUCUUCGAUACGCAUAAAAUGCACAUACAACAUGUAUCCACAGAUCCCUUCAAGUUCCGCCAAAUGAUUUUUUUUCGCUGGCCUACCAUUUUUUAUUACCUUUGGCAUAAAUGUACACCGAUAAGGACACAUUAAUCUUUUGUUUUAUAAGGUUACAAAUUUUUAAUAUUUAUGUUCUAUUAGUUCUUAAAAGAGUAAAUAACAAUGUUCCGAAAAUCGCUCAAGAAAAGCAAUCAGGAUUAGUUUCAAGCUAGAAAAUGUAUUUUAAUCAAUGCGAUACGCACGUGUUGUACGUUUUUCAAAAAUUAACACUAACUAGAUACCAAAAAAUCAUCCGAGUGUCAUCGCGUGCACCCUUUGCUGUGCAUAACGUGGUAUAUCAGAGCAAAUUCACUUGUGUUGGGAAAAAGUGGCAGAUAUUUUGACACUUGUAGCACAUUUUGAAAACUUUACCAUGUAAAAAUAUUUUCAAGAUCUGCGGCCUUCAAGUUUUUUUACAACAAGUGUCAUAUUUUACAAACUAGUUCGAUUUCUACGGCUGAAAUAGAAACAGUAUUGUAAAAAAAAAAUUCAACGCCCAAAGAUCUUGAAAAUAUUUCUGCAUGGCAAAAUUUUCAAAAUGUGCUACAAGUGUCUAAAAUUCUACCACUUUUCCCAACACGAGUGAACUUACUCUCAGAGGUGAUCGAUAAUAUUUCAACAAGUAUAAUACUUGUUGAUACAUUCUGAACUGCGCUCACUGACUAAUUUAAAAAAAAAAAUAAGCCUAGCAUCAUUGUCGAUCAUGUUUGUUAUUCAUUGACAAUCAUGAAUGUUUCAAAAGGAAAAUUUGAAGCAAUGCCUGGACUGCAUGUUGACAAAACCUGAUACACGGACUCGACACUUCAUUACCGUUAGCUAGUAAUGAUUUGUACAUUCUACGCAAAGCGGAAAGUAAACAAUCAUCUGAUAGCCUCCAAGGAUCGCACAACACUGAUACAUAUCAAUUGUGAUUCUAGGAGAUUGAAAGUCACCAAGGAAGGUUAUCACCAUCCAGACGCUUGAUUGAUGACAGUCUGCGUCCCUCCUACCCAACCAUAGUUUGUUUUAUUUUUCAGGAGUAUUUCAAAUAUAGAAGCGUCGUUGACAUGCACAAUUUUUUGUAUGCUUUGGUUGGAGAAGGAAACAUUCACUGCUACGAUUGUUUUGAACUUGGAGUCAAACAUGGCUAAGUGAAAAUGAGUGAUUUUCGGAACAUUGCUUAGAAAAACAAUCAACAACAAAACUUUAGGCGAAUUCGAGCAAUCGUUCAAACAUUUAGCUCAAACAUUACUUUAAAAUGUUUUGCUUGAAAUCAUUAGACAUAUUUUGUUUACAUUCGUUUAAUUUUAUCUUUUGAUCGUCAAGCCAAUAGGUUUAGAUGUGACUGAUUGUUUACAGGCGAAUUUCAAAUAAAUGGGCCUUCAAUACAUUCAGGGACCGCGAAGAAAUCAAAGCCUGAGAACUCCAAUAUUCGGCAUCCUAUAUCUCAGAGAUCUCCGUAUCUAAUUUUACAAAUUUGGUAUUUAUAAGUUGCCGCAAGUGCUGUGUCUAACUUUGUGGAAAAAAGUUUCAUUAUAAAAUUUAGAACAUUUGAUCUAUGCUUUCUAGAGCAGCACACUAGCGGCAAGCGAAAAAAACGAGAAUUCUCGAUUGUGGUCCACAAUGUGGUUAGGGAGUUCUAUCUCAAAAAUAUAUCGGAACAAGUUAUAAUAAAAUUUAAAAAAAAAACUGUGUGGAAAAAAAUAAAUUUCCAUAAAGGUUAAGGAUAGAUCAGCCAAUAGUUUAACGAGGUAUACAUUCGCUCAUGGUAUACAAUACUUAUCUUUAUCCCAAUGAAAUCUUUUUGUUGAAGAAAAGCCUGGUUAAACGAA